GGCGCGUAUCUUCGAGGCACGGAGUAGUAACCGAGAGUCGAAACUCGACGGGUUGAUUAAUCGCCUCUCGAAUCUCGCAAGUAGUUAAUAUAGUUACUGCGAUAACCAGUGAUGGCCGCACGCAGUGUCCGUAGUCCGUAUCGUUAAAAAUCGUGAAUCGUGAAUCGCGAAUCUAGUUGAGACUGGUGCUGUUCGCCUGGUAUGGUGCAAACAGCGAUGGCAUGGGUAAUUAGGAAGCGGCUAGAAGCGUUCCUAUUCACCCCGACAAUCAAUUGAGGCUAUGGCCAGAGUGGAGUUGGUGUGUUAGAGUCGUGACGCGUGUCGGUGCGUAAAUGUCCGUUGUCCGAGAAGUCAGUUAUGUCGAAUCCCGGCGGUAGCAGGAGGAACGGGGCCGUUAAGAUUCGCCUCACGAUACUCUGCGCCCGUAACCUCGCCAGAAAGGAUCUUUUCCGUCUUCCUGACCCAUUCGCCAAGAUAACGGUUGACGGUUCAGGCCAAUGCCAUAGCACGGACACUUGCAAGGCAACGCUUGACCCCAAAUGGAACCAGCACUACGACUUAUAUAUUGGAAAGGAUGACGGUAUUACUAUAUCAGUAUGGAAUCACAGAAAAAUACACAAAAAACAAGGAAGUGGAUUUUUGGGAUGCGUUAACAUACUUUCUUCCACCAUACAGAGGCUUAAAGAUACUGGAUAUCAACGCUUGGAUCUCUGCAAAGCGCACUCGGAAGACACGGAUGUAGUAAAAGGUCAAAUAGUAGUAUCGCUAUUGUCAAGGGACGGGCAUAACGGAGCGGUGAGCAACACCGUUGGGCACAACGCGGUUGUCGAUGUUCUCGGAGACCUAAGUUGUCCAACGGAUCUUCCUGAUGGCUGGGAGGAAAGGCGUGCUCAAAAUGGAAGACUCUAUUAUGUCAAUCAUUUCAAUAGAAGCACUCAGUGGGUGCGGCCAAAUUCUCGACCAGCGAACGUCAUAAUCCCCACAACACCAGAGCCGCCACCACCUCUGGGAACGGAACCAACAUCGCCAAGUGGAAGUGGAAGUCCCCAGAACAUGAGGAGCCAGAGUCCGAGCUCGAGGACAUCGGACUGGAAUGGAGAAGGAUCCCAGAACAGGACACCGGUGAGAGAGAAUUCGGUGCAAAACACGCCUACGCAGGGUCAGAACAAUAAUCACAAUCACAAUCUGCGGAACACGACGGCGACUAAUUCAACCCGGGAAAGGAGACCGCAAAGAACCAGCGAGGAGCAGAAUGGCAAUCGAUUAGCCAAUGGAAGUCAGGCUCGGAGACAGAAUAGAACGAACAGAAAUCGCAACAGCAUUAUGCCAAAUGGUGAAAGGAGGAAUGACAAUCAACCCUCCGAUCUGCCCCGAGGAUAUGAAUUGAGGAAAACGCAGCAAGGACAGGUUUACUUCUACCAUGUACCGACGGGCGCCUCGACGUGGCAUGAUCCAAGGAUACCACGGGAUUUGCCAGCUAACGAGUUGGCAAAUGAGCUCGGGCCGCUUCCCAGCGGAUGGGAAAUGCGCCAGACGCAAACAGGACGAGUUUACUUCGUCGAUCAUAACAACAGGACAACCCAAUUCACGGAUCCUCGGUUGUCCGGACAGAUAAUAAGCAACUUGUUAAAGCGGCAAAGUCCGCAAAAUGGGACGUCUAAUCAGGCAGCGAAUUCAUCGAGUAAUUCUAACUUGGCUAGAGUAGAGCCAGCAGCUGGAGGUGAAGCUCCUCCUACACCAGCAGUUGUAUCUACUCCGACGAAUCCCGUUAGGCCCAGAACAGAGGGAACGAGUAACAACAAUUCUCCUACCUCUGAAAGUACCCCAUCGCAAAAUGGACAGACAGUUUCCGACCUCCCCAAGGAACUCAUGGAAAGCGAGCUGCUUCCUAAGUACAAACGAGAUCUGGUAGCUAAACUCAAGUGCCUCAGAGCUGAACUCAAUGCGCUGCAACCACAAAGUGGUCAUUGCAGAUUGGAAGUAUCCAGAAACGAGAUAUUCGAGGAAUCGUACAGACUGAUAAUGAAGAUGCGACCCAAGGAUAUGCGCAAGCGUUUGAUGGUGAAGUUCCGGGGCGAAGAAGGACUCGACUACGGCGGAGUUGCGAGGGAAUGGCUUUACCUGCUUUCACACGAGAUGCUGAAUCCUCAGUAUGGGCUCUUCCAGUAUUCCAGAGACGACAAUUACACCCUACAGAUAAACCCCGACUCGGGCAUAAAUCCGGAGCACCUUUCCUACUUCCAUUUCGCUGGUAGGAUAAUCGGUAUUGCUGUUUUCCACGGGCAUCACGUCGAUGGUGGAUUUACGACGCCGUUUUACAAAAUGCUUCUCAACAAGGCGAUCACCCUCAGCGACAUUGAGGGCGUAGAUCCAGAGCUGCACAGAAGCUUGACUUGGAUGCUAGAGAACAGCAUCGAUGGUGUAUUGGAUGCAACGUUUUCCGUGGAGCACAGUAGUUUCGGAGUGUUGAAAAAUCACGAAUUGAAACCCGGUGGCAAAGAUAUUGUAGUAACCGAGGAAAAUAAACGUGAAUAUGUCAGACUCUACGUCAAUUAUCGUUUUAUGCGGGGUAUAGAGCAGCAGUUCCUGGCGUUGCAAAAAGGUUUUCACGAAUUGAUACCGCCUCAGUUAUUGAGGCCGUUUGACGAACGGGAACUCGAGCUUGUCAUUGGCGGCCUGGGAUCCAUCGAUAUCAACGAUUGGAAAAUGCACACGAGACUGAAACACUGCACACCCGAUACUCCAAUCGUGCGAUGGUUCUGGCAAAUUGUCGAAUCGUACGGCGAAGAAAUGAGGGCUAGACUUUUACAAUUUGUUACCGGAAGCUCAAGGGUACCUUUGCAGGGAUUCAAAGCGCUACAAGGUUCGACUGGAGCGGCGGGUCCCCGUCUUUUCACGAUUCACGCUGUGGACGCACCUAGUGAAAAUUUGCCAAAGGCUCACACGUGCUUCAACAGGAUAGACAUACCGCAGAAUUAUCAAAGCUAUCAAAAAAUGUUAGAUAAACUGACGCAGGCUGUCGAAGAAACUUGUGGUUUCGCUGUUGAGUGACCGUAGAGUAUGAAAGAGGAUAGAAAAAAAGAGAAAAUGGAAGGGGUCGGUGAAAGGUAGGCGUUUUUUAGGUACACAAUAAUUUAUUAUAAGAUUUCUUGUCGGAAUUUGGCAAAAAAGAAAAUGAAGAGAAAGUAAAAAAUAGGAAAAAUACGGAACAAAUAAGAAAAACGAAAGAAAGAAUGGAAAAAAAACAAUGAAAAACCGUUUCGCACCUUGUGCACUGCUUAUUGCACUAGCACAUUUAUCCCGUCGUUUUUUUUUUAAAUCUUUUUUUUGUCAUCUCACGUAAAAAAUAUGAAAGACCAAUCGCGUAACUGGUUUACAAAUAUUCCUUUCCACCCGCGCCUCAUUUUCAAUGCAGAUGUAUUUGUACUUGUAUUAUAUACCACGUGGCAAUUUAUCUGCCGUGGAAAGCUGAUGAAUAGUUAGGUAGUUAUAUAAAUAUAGACAGAUAGACAGUUAAAUAGAUACAUAAAUAGAUAUUUGUAAAAUGAAUUGAGUUUUAGAAGAAAAGCACAACAAUGAAUUUAGUGUAGUAUAUUUUUUUAUUACUGUUCAGCACAAGUGUACGCGUUUAUUUUUUUUUAUACAGCUUGAUUUUUUCGUCCCACUAAUGUUUAAAAAUUAAAUCGUUAGCAAUGAAAUAAAUUAACGGGAAUUGAUUAGAUACCUAUAUGGUAUUGUUAGACUGAUUUUGUCGUAUAUUUCUGUUUUUUUACGAUAAAAUUUCCAUCAUUCUUGUUUUUUUUCAUUUUCGCUGAUACUUGAAGAGCAAUAAUAAUGACAAGGAUAAUAAGAGUAAUAACGAUAAUAAUGAUACAGCGAACGGUUGAUGUAAAACUUGUGUAUAUUAUUGUAAUAAUAAUGUGAAAAAUAGGUCGAAAGAAAUAAUAUUGACUUGAUCGCGAAACACGAAAUUUUUGUUCUUAGCUUCUACGUGUUAUUGUAAUAUGUCAUAUAUCUCCUCUGGUUUUGUCUCUUCUCGUGUUAUGGAGAAUCGUUAAGAAAAACAAUUGCUUGAAACAUUUUCCCUUUGUUUUCUUUUCUUGCUUUUUAUAUAUUAUUGUUUCCCGACAUAUGAGUCACGGCACAGAUACAAUUUAUUCGCAGUCUAUGGGUGACUAUAAAAAUUUAUACGUACUUUGAAAAUAUAAUUCUUAGAAUAGUCGGGACAAAUUGGAAAAAAAAAGAAAUAGAUACGAAGGGAAGGGAAAAUUAUAAGUGAAUAAUGGACAAAAUGUGGAUAAAGAUAGAUUAAUAAGAUAUCAAGCAAUGCAUUUCAGUAGUAAUUAGUAAAAAUAAUAAUUAGUAAUAGUAAUAGUAACGAUAAUAAUAGGAAUUUAAGGGGGGUUUUCUCUGCGUUUGAAAACCUUGAUUGCCUUAAUAAAAGUACUUUAGUGUUCGUUUAGAAAUUUUUAUGCAAAUAAGAACACAAAGAAAAGAUAAUCCAAGAUAUAAAAUGACAAGCAAAAUAACUAAGAGCUAAAUAUUUGAUGUAACUUAUAUUUAUUAUUGUUUUUUUUUUUUUUCUUUGCGUUUGCCAUGACGAUUUUUCUGUUUUGCAUUUUUUUAUUUUUUCAAAUGUUGGUUCACGAGGUUUCCUUUAAAAGAUGAUAAUUUCUCGCUCUCUCGCAAUUUCGUAUGGAAAAUGUAAUGCGACUCAUUUAUUCAGAGCGAAAAUAUGUGUACUAGAAAUAAAAAUUCGAAAUACAAUGAAAAAGGAAACCUAGGUUGGAAGUGAAAAUAAUUCGCAUCAAUGAAAUAAUCAGGCACAUACUUGUUAUAAUGUUGUUCUUAUAAUUGCAAAAAAAAGUUUGAAUAAUUUUUAGGUAUUUUCUUCGUCUUACGUUUGUAUUGUUUUUUCUUUUCCUGUAUAUCCAUGUUCAAUUCGGUUUAGCGAUGACAAAUGGAACGACGCGAUGACGAUAUAAUUAUUUGUUGAUUGCGAAAAAAAGUUUUGUUUACCCCUAUGUUAAUAUUAUUCUUAUUAUAACUGUUAUUAUCAAUGUAAAUAAAAUCGAAACGUGUGUUUUUCUUUUUCGUAUUAUUUAUCAAAAUACGUGAAUAAUGGUGAUAAUUUUGAUGAAUCGGAAAAUUCUUUUUUUCCUUACUGUUAUUCGCAUUAGUCUUCUUCUUCUUAUUAUUGUGAUACUGUAAUUGUUGACAAUAAAACAGGCCCGAAUGGAAUCGCGAUAAUAUGAUUGAAGUAAAAGGAAGUGGAUGAAAAGAAAGAUUUAAUUGAACGGUGUUGUUGGGAAGAGAUUUUUUUAUUUGACCUAUAACAAAUUCUGUAUUUUAUUGAAGUCGCAAUAUAGCGACAUUUUCGCUUCUUAUUUACGUAUUGAUUUACUCGGUUUUUUUUCAUUCUUUCUUUCAUCUCUUUUUCAAUACCCCGUCAUACGCCACGUGUAUAUCAAUAAUUGCGAGGAACGUAAACUUUUUUUUAAUCUCUUCAAAUCUUUUCCGCAUACACGUAUUUCUAGAGUCAAAGUCAUGUACAUCUGUACGUGAAAAUUCUUUGAAGAUAAUCUCUAGUCGUUGAAGGAAGAGAAAAACUUAUAAAAAAUAUGAAAAAAAAGGAGAAGAAAAUAUAGCAGAGGUACGAAAAUUUCGUUGAAUAAAUAUUUUAUUGAAUAACAAUAAAAGAAGAAACAAAUGAUAAAUCGUUCACACGGAGUUGCCUUUGGAAAAUGUGCAUUAUACCACAGCAAUAUUCUUAACUAAAAUAAUUAUUAUCAUUAAUUUUGAUAUUACUUGAAAAUGUAAUUAAAAAAUAAAAACAAUUGUAUAUCGAUUAAACUUAAUACUACAAACAGAUGAAAAGAGAGAGAGAGAGAGAGAGAGAGAGAGAGAGAGCAGCGAGAGCAUGCUGGACGAUUUUUGAAGUUUCUUUACUCAUUAUAUUAUUAUUAUUAUUAUUAAUAAUAUUAUUAUUGUUAUUAUUGGGUAUUACAAAUAUAUUGUUAACAGGUAUCUGAUAAUCAUAUAUGCUUUCUCGCGAAAUAGUCAACUCAUAUAUAUAUAUAUAUAUAUAUAUAUAUAUAUAUAUAUAUAUAUAUAUAUGUAAUAAAAUACACACAUACACACACGAAUUAUAUAAAUGCCUAUAUCAUUGCAAUGCACCCAUUAUAUUAUCGCUAUUGCUGCUACUACUACUGCUACAUUAUUAUCAUAGUAAUAAUUAUAUUUAUUCAUAUAUGUAUAUUUAUAUAUAAAUUUAUACAUACAUGUAUUGAAGAAAGAUGAAAAAAAAACAAAAACAAAAAAUUGUAAUUAAUUUAAUAUUUCUUAGUUUUUGAUACGCAUAUACAGAUACAUAAAAUGAAUGUGUAAUUAAUUGCUCGAUUAAUUCGUGGUGACUAAUUAUGUAGACAAUCGUACACGAACACACACACACACACACACACACACACACACAGCGCAUACAUCUUGAAUAUUGGAAAUCAAUGUAUGUUUUUCAAUAUUUAUUUAUUAUGACCAUUAUUAUUAUCGUUAUUAUUAUCACUAUUAUCUGAACGAUUUGAUUUUGGAUAUUCUUGAGAGGUAAACCAUUUAAAGUGAAAACGAAAAAUACAUGAUGUCGUUUACUUACGAAGAAUAAGAUUAUCAUGCAAUUGUUUUUUCGUUUUUUCUUUAAUACGAAAAUGUAAUUAGUGCCUUGCUAACAAUUUCGAAUAUACAUAUAUCAUAUAUAAUAAUGAAUUUUACACAUUGUGCAUAUAUUACACUUACAAAUUAAACAUUAUAAAUAUUGAUGAAUAUUAUAUGCAUACGGCUCUGAGCGAAUGAAUUUAUAAUUGAUUAGUAAAUAUUGAUGAUAAUUAUUGCAAAUUAUGCCGAUGUUCAAAACAACGUUUAUUAUUAUUAUUAUUACUGUCAUCAUCAUCAUCGUCAUCAUCAUAACUAUUAUUAUUAUUAUCAUUAUUCCUGAUAUUAUUUUAUAGUUGUAAAUAGAAAAAUCGUUGUGAAAUUUUUUUUUCGUUGUUUUUAAUUUUUUUGUUUGAACUUUUCUUUCUCUCGUCAUUUUCAAUUUUCUUUUUCUCUCUCUUCCUCCCUCUCUUUCUCCCUUUCUUUCCUCUAUUGCAUUGAAGGUUUCUCACGUUAAAUAAAUGUUUUGUUCACAUUUUUAUAAAACUAUGAUCAUUUAAUUUGUACAAUAUUCUUUCCUUCAUACUUCCAUUUUUUGUUAUCGUUAUUUUUGAAUUAAUACGCUUAUGCGAAAUAAUAAUUUCUGAGCGUAAAAAGAUGAAUCGAGA